AGUUUGCUAACUUUCUUUCAGUUCUGAAGCAACUGUGUUCUGUUUGAGGAAACCAAAAAACCUCUCAUAGCCGCUUAUGACAGCUGUAUCUCUCUAGGGCGUUGCAUUUCGACAACAGAAAUGCUUCAGGCAGUGUGUCUGAGGGGCCUUCUCCUGUUGUUGGUGGGAAGACAGGUCUACACUCAGGAACCAUGUUUAAAAGCUUCAGUAAACACAUGUGGAGACUGCAUCAAGUCUGGGCCCGGCUGUGCCUGGUGUAAAGACUUGAAUUUCACCAAGACUGGGGAGCAGGAAGCAGCACGUUGUGACACAGUUGCUUUGCUUGAAGAAAGAGGAUGUUCACCCACUGGCAUAAUAAAUCCCAAGAACGAUUUUAACAGAAUUUCAAACAAGCCCCUGAUUGCUGGUAAAAAUCCAGUGCAGAUCCAACCACAAGAAAUACAACUGGAUCUUAGACCAGGGAGGCCCUACACUUUUCAACUACAUUUUAAAAGGGCAGAAGGCUAUCCAGUAGAUCUCUACUACCUAAUGGAUCUCUCAUACUCCAUGAAAGAUGAUUUGGAGAAUGUGAAAAAUCUGGGAAAUAAGUUACUCGAAGAACUCAAUAGGAUCACUGGCAAUGCCAGGAUAGGCUUCGGUUCGUUUGUCGACAAAACACUUCUUCCAUACACCGACACCAAUGAAGCGAAGCUCCAAAUGCCAUGCUCAGAUAAAAAUGAACCAUGCCAGCCAGCAUUUGGCUUUCAGCAUGUGCUUUCACUGACAACCAAUGGAAGCAAAUUCAAAACUAUGGUAGCCGAGCAGCAUAUAUCUGGAAACCUGGACCCCCCAGAAGGAAGCCUGGAUGCCAUCAUGCAAGCCGCGGUCUGUGUGAAAGAGAUCGGGUGGGGAAACAGCACUCGACUGCUGGUGUUGGCCACUGAUGACGGCUUCCACAUGGCAGGGGAUGGAAAACUUGCUGCCAUUCUGGAACCAAACAAAGAAACCUGUCAGCUGGUCGACAGAAAGUACAGCAAGAGCAGCCUAUGGGACUACCCCUCUGUUGGACAAAUAGCUCGCAAGCUGGAGGAGCAAAACAUUCAACCAAUUUUUGCAGUCACUAAAAAAAUGGAAACUGUGUACACAGAGCUGAGCAAACUGAUCCCUAAAUCUGCAGUAGGAGUGCUCUCUGAAGACUCGGGCAACGUCGUCAAUCUAAUUGUGGAUGCAUACAACAACUUGACCUCUGAAGUGAUCAUGGCUCAUGAAGCCCUCCCAGACUUCAUAUCUGUGAAAUACACAUCAAACUGUAUUGGUGGAGAAAAACCCAGUGACAAGGGGAAAUGUGAUAAUGUGAACAUUGGUAAGGAGGUGAUUUUUCAUGUGACAGUAAGAGUAGAGAGAUGCAUUACCAGUCAGAGCUUCCUCAUCGGGCCAUUGGGCUUUAGUGAAAAAGUGAAGGUGAACGUUCAGACUCGAUGCAAUUGUCAAUGUGAUGAUACCAAUCAACCUCAUCCUCACUGCGGGGGAAACGGUAAAGUUGUCUGCGGCGGCUGCAGGUGUGAUACGGGUUACUUAGGACAGCGCUGUGAAUGCAAACUAGGCCAAAAGGAUGAGGCGUCAUUGAAAGCGCCGUGUCGGAAGGACAACGGGACCGAAUGCGAAGGCAAAGGAGAUUGUGUGUGCGGACGGUGUCAGUGUCAUAUUACAGAGGGUGGUGGCAAUUUCUAUGGCGAAUUCUGUGAAUGCGACGAUGAGCACUGUGAAAAAUUUGACAAUAAACAGUGUGCAGGUCAUGGCAAGUGCAAAUGUGGUAGAUGUGAGUGUGAUCCAGGCUACGAGGGCGCAGUUUGUCACUGUGCAAAAUCUGAUGAGGAUUGCAAGAUCGAAGGGAGUGUUUGUCAUAACCGUGGGAAAUGUGUAUGUAACCAGUGUGAAUGUGAGAGAAGAUACAAGGGGCCCUACUGCAAAACGUGUUCUGCUUGCCAACUUCCGUGUCAAGAGUCAGGGAGUUGUGUUGAAUGUUUGGCGUUUGGGACUGGUCCGUUUGAGAAGAGCUGCUCUGUAGCCUGUAAACAUCUGCAACAUACGAUGGUUGAAAAAUUGAUCAAGAGCGACUGUCGAGUCAAAGAUAAAGAGGGCUGCUGGAUGUCAUUUACAAUGACGGAACAGCUUGGAUUUGACAAGUACUUUGUCAAUGUCCUCAAAGACAGAGAAUGUCCUGAGGGGCCAAACAUAGCAGCCAUCGUAGGAGGAUCUCUAGUAGCUGUGGCGUUGAUUGGUCUCCUGAUUCUCCUCAUCGUCAAGGCAGUUCUGUAUGCAAGUGACCUUAGAGAAUGGAAGAGAUUUGAAAAAGACAGAAAACAUGAAAAAACAUCUGGUACCAACCCGUUAUUCCAGAAUGCUACGACCACAGUUCAAAACCCAACAUUUUCUGGAGAUUCGUGAGAAAACUUGUUGGUGCUGAACGCGUGAAGUACAGAGUGGAUGUGUAUAAAUGAAUCUUUGGGUCUGAUGCAUGAUCAUUCAGUAAAAUAAAAUAGCUUUAACUUUUCUUAAUGUCCAGUGAGAUCUUCAGCAACUUUAGAGAGGCAUGAAUGUUUGCAAAUUAUUUGAGAUUUAUUCAUUUGUUUUAUUGUAUUUUAAAUGGUUAACAUCAUUAAAUGUAUUUAACAGUUUAACAUUCAAAAGGCUUUUUUAUGUUUUGUGUAAUACUGUACAAUACACUGAUAUUGGAUGUUUCAAUGUGUCCAGAUGCAAAUACCUGAAAACUGAGAUCACUAUGUAAUGCCCCUGUACUGCAUUUCACAAAUUCUUCAUUGGCUUUCCACAUUAUUAAGAUUAUUUCAUAACAUCCAACAUGGUGUUUGAGGGCUCUGUAAAUGUCUUAAAUAUAAAUAAAGUUGGAAUUACAAUUGUACUUUUCAGGAACUGCCUUGUGCUUUUAUGAAUUUGGGUUAUGCAUUUAGUUCUCGGAUGGCACAAGGCCAUUUUAAAACUGUAAAUAAUAAAUAAGAUAAUAUUUUGAUUUCUAUCAUUUAGAAAGUUGAAAUAAAAGCUAGGUAAAUAAAUGCAAAUUAUUGA